CUCCCUCCGCGGCUAAAGCGGGCAGUAGGUGAGGGGAAGGCGGCCAGACGGGAGCAUGCCCGUUGCUCCGCGCCACCGCCGCCGCCAGCCUCUGUCACCGCCACCGCCGCCGCCUCCUCGCCGAGCCUCCCUGCCCGGCCUCCAGCGCGGCUCCCGGCUCCCGGCGCCGCGCUGGGCUCUGCGUUAAGCGGCGGAGGCUGCGAUGCGCAAACCACCGCAGCCUCCCCUCGCCGCGCAGCCUCCCGCCGCCUGACGACGCGGCCCCGGGCCUCCCUGCGCCCCCCGCGGAGGGAGGUAAUCUGGCUUCUCAGAAACCUCCUGCUAAAUGCAAGGGUUUACUGACUGUUACACGUGAGGCUGAUUUUGGUACAGAUUCUGGAUAUCAUAGGAGAAAUGUUGUCCUACUGAUGAAGUAGUUAUACUAGAGCAACUCAUACGGUGCUUUCACCAUAUGCAGCACCUCCUAUGAAAGUGCAGGUGGAGAGGAAUUUGAAAUGAAAGGAAGAAGUAGCGAGCUGUUACCGCGAUGCAGUUAUUUUAACAGUGGGUCUCAGCACGACAGCCUGAUUGCUUUUCUGAGUAUUUCUUACAAGGAGCGUGGGUCAGACGAGGUGGGUUAAAGCAAAGAUUGCGGUUUGUUCCAUUCCAGGAGAGAGCAAGCUGAAAGAAGUAGAAGUUGUUCAUGGAAGUCCAGGGUCAUACUUGUAUGAAUUUGUGAUAAGCUUUGGGAUGAAGCAAAGAAACCAAGGAAUAACCUCACUUGUAUUUGCACAUCCCUCCAGUGGUUUUCUGUCUUUGUUGCAAUAAAUCUCCACUUCAGUGAAUUUGAAGAUAUAAACCUGACUGCAAAAAUUCAUAUCUGGUACAGUAGCUGGUUACUAACCCACUCAAAGGUUUCCACAUGGCAAAAAGAUUUCUUCACUGUGAGCAGCCAUUUCCUACACAGGCAAAGCGGUGGGGCUAAAAUUGUCAUCAACUGUCAUUGUAUCCUGAAAUGCAUCUGGAAAAAUACUCAUUUGAGGGGAACAGAAGGGAAGUGAAAUCUUCUGGAUUCUGAAAAUCCAGACAUGCACCAGAAUCACUGGACUGAAAGAAUGCAGAUACUGGAUGCCAUCAUGACUUGUGUUACAGAGCCUUUCAGAAGCUGUGACUCCACUGUGUUCAGGCAGGUUUUUGCUAAAUCUAAUCCUUCUAGCAGUCUGAGACCAGCGUUAUAUUUAUCACUCUGAAACUACCAACUGUAAGAUGAUGUGGCAGUUCCUGAGUUUUUUUUCCCACUUUUUUUCCUUGUCAUGGAUUGAUAAAUGCAACGAUCAGUCUAAGGUAGGAGCAGGGAAGGCUUUGGCCAGAAGCAUACAGUCCCCCACGUGACCCUAUUUUGCUGAAAUCCUAAAAUCAUUUUUAAGGCUGAUGAAAAGAAUGGAAAAGAGGAGUUGAGCAGAGAAUAAAAAAUAAUGCUUCUUCAUAAUUACAGUAGGACCAAGGAGGCGCGUGGAGAAUGCAGAUGAAAAAGUGAAUUUGCUGUGUCAUCCUUGAGUCUCGCAAGCCAAGAAGUGGUUCGCUGGCGUUUAUUCAGGAGGAAUCCGGAGUUUGUGCAGCAUAUCCUGGGAAUUGCUGAUAACUGGGUAUGGAGCGCUCCCAGGCUUUUUGUCAACCACCUGCAGCAGAGGAGAUGGAAGUUCUUGCUACCUGGUGACUUCCCUGUGCCACAGUAUGGGCAAUGAGCUCUUGGCAAGCUCUCGAGUUCCCUUGGAGAAGCAGCCGCCCUCCACCGAGAUGUCACGGCACCACAGCCGGUUUGAAAGAGAUUAUCGGGCCGGGUGGGAUCGCCGGGACUGGAGCUCCAACGGCAACCACGUCGGCAGCACCAACUGCAGCAGCGCCGCCAGUACCACCAGCACCAACCGCCCCGGGCUGCUGCCCCUGCCCAUUGUCCCCUCCCGGCUCCCCACCCCGGCCACCGCCGCCUGCACCACCGGCAACAGCGAUGUGAUCACGAGCCUGGUGGCCAACUCAUCUCCGGCUUCGACAACCAAAUGUCGUGCGCUGAUGUCCCUGGUGUCCUGGAGCAGCAAGUGUCGCAGCCGGGACCUCGGUUCGAUACCUCAGCUCCGUUCCCUGAUGUUCUCGCUGAGAAACGAAGGCAGCUGGGCACCUUGCAUUUCCAAGACUGAAAAUCAGCCUCAAGGACUUGCAACUAGCGUUAGGUGGGGACAGACACCCAUCAAUCAGUCUACACCCUGGGACACUGAUGAGCCACCCUCUAAACAGAUGAGGGAGAAUGAAAACCCAGGUGCAGCGCCCUGGGUCACCACGGUGGCGGCCGGCAGCCAGCCCGCCCUCAUCACCCACUCCUACGGGAUGACGCAGCCGCCCACCUUCAGCCCGGCCGCCAACGUCCAGGCCCCUGUCAUCGGCGUCACGCCUUCCCUCCCUCCACACGUCACCCCCCAGCUCCCGCUGAUGCCGGCUCACUACCAGCUCCAGCCGCAGCCCUCCCAGCCCCUCAGCAACAUGGUGGUCAACCUCCAGAGCCAGCCCUUGUACACCAACAGCCAGCCCCUCAGCAUGUCCUCCAUGAGCGGAGUGGGCCCGGUGGCCCACCCGGGCCCCGGGGCGGUGGGCAAUGGCCACCUGGCUUGUCCCAUGCUGCCGCCGCCACCACCAGCUCUGCCCUCAGCCGCCCUGCCGAGCAGCGCGCCCACCACCAACGGGCAGGCGGCCGCCCCGCUGCCCCCCAACACGGCGGGGGGCCCAGACAACACCAACAGGGUGCAGAUGCUGCGGACAAUCGGCGUGGGGAAGUACGAGUUCACGGACCCCUGGCACCCCAAAGAAAUGUUGAAGGAGUUGAACCAGCAACGCAGAGCGAAAGAGUUUACAGACCUGAAAAUUAUUGUUGAAGGCAAAGAGUUUGAAGUCCACCAAAAUGUUCUAGCUUCCUGCAGCUUGUAUUUCAAGGACCUGAUUAAAAGGUCACCGCGAGACAGUAGCAGAAGCGGAGAGAAGCUGGAACUGGCCAUGUCCAACCUCACUGCGGAUGUCCUGGAAUUACUCCUGGAGUUUGUUUAUACAGGUUCUUUGAUCAUAGAUUCAGCCAAUGCAAAAACCCUUCUGGAAGCUGCCAGCAAGUUCCAGUUUCAUACUUUCUGUAAAGUCUGCGUUUCGUUUCUAGAGAAACAGCUGACUGCUAGCAACUGUUUAGGAAUAUUAGCCAUGGCUGAAGCCAUGCAGUGCACUGAACUAUACAACAUGGCCAAAGCAUACGCCCUGCAGAUUUUCCCAGAGGUGGCAAACCAAGAAGAGAUCCUUAAUAUCUCAAAAGACGACUUCAUUUCCUACAUGUCCAACGACAGCUUGAACACCAAAGCAGAGGAGCUGGUGUAUGAAACAGUGAUAAAGUGGAUUAAGAAGGACGCUGCAAUCAGAGCUCAGUACGCCGCGGAGCUGCUGGCGGUAGUGCGCCUCCCCUUCAUCCAUCCCAGCUAUCUGCUAAACGUUGUUGACAACGAGGAGUUGAUAAAGUCUUCAGAGGCCUGCCGGGAUCUGGUGAACGAAGCCAAGCGUUAUCACAUGCUGCCGCACGCCCGACAAGAGAUGCAGACGCCGAGGACCCGGCCCAGGCUCUCUGCAGGUGUAGCUGAGGUGAUAGUCUUAGUUGGGGGUCGUCAGAUGAUUGGCAUGAAUCAACGUGCUUUAACAGCAGUCACGUGCUUAAAUCCUCAAAACAACAAGUGGUACCCCUUGGCCAGCCUCCCCUUCUAUGAUCGAGAGUUUUUCAGCGUGGUCAGCGCUGGAGACAACAUUUAUCUCUCAGGCGGCAUGGAGUCGGGUGUCACGCUCGCCGAUGUCUGGUGUUAUAUGUCCUUGCUCGAUAACUGGAACCUCGUGUCCCGAAUGACAGUCCCCAGGUGUCGACAUAACAGUCUGGUGUACGAUGGGAAAAUAUAUACCAUUGGAGGGGUCGGUGUGGCAGGCAACGUUGACCAUGUGGAAAGGUACGAUACAAUCACCAACCAGUGGGAGACCAUUGCUCCUCUGCCCAAGGCUGUGCAUUCGGCCGCUGCUACCGUUUGUGGUGGGAAGAUCUACGUCUUUGGUGGGGUGAAUGAAGCCGGACGAGCUGCUGGGGUCUUACAGUCCUACAUCCCCCAGACUAAUUCGUGGAGUUUUAUAGAAUCUCCAAUGAUCGAUAACAAAUAUGCUCCUGCAGUCACUCUCAAUGGGUUCAUCUUUAUUCUUGGAGGAGCUUAUGCACGGGCAACCACCAUCUAUGACCCAGAGAAAGGCAAUAUUAAAGCAGGUCCCAACAUGAACCACUCCAGGCAGUUCUGCAGCGCUGUGGUUCUCGACGGAAAAAUUUAUGCCACCGGUGGGAUUGUUAGCAGCGAAGGACCUGCGCUGGGCAACAUGGAAGCCUAUGACCCUAAAACAAAUACCUGGACACUUCUACCAAAUAUGCCAUGCCCUGUUUUUCGACAUGGCUGCGUAGUAAUCAAGAAGUACAUUCAGAGUGGCUGACGCGACCGAGGAGUCGGAUGGAGAACUGUUUGUACCUGUUGAGAGCAGGCAAGGAGAACACUACUACUAAUCACAAAAGCAGCAAAGACAGCCAGUGAACAUAUUGCUCUAAAGUCUUGAAUAGUGUCUACAUUGAAUGUAGAAAAAUCAUCCUCACCUUUUGGUGAACGAGGAGCAGAGAGCUCCGUGCUAUGUAAGAUAUUGUAACAAUACUACAAGUGUGUCACUAGAUGUUAUAGUGGCACUUGUUCUGGACGUCGGCUUUUGGUCAACCCAGGUGCAAUAGAAUUUCACAUAUUUUUUAAGCUGGGGAAGAGAGGAAAAAAAAAUCUGCAUUUUACUUCUAGAGCUCAAGCUUGAUUCUUAAAAUAACCGUGCAGAUUAGUUUUACUAUUACACUUUAGGCAUCAAUCUAUUUAAAAGGUCAAAGUGUCCUUACCACUUUGAUUCCUACAUUUGUUUUUAACAAAUACAUGCUUUUCAAUACCAAUGACUGAGAGAAAUCUUGUGUGACAGAUGGCUUACAUUGAUGUCAGUCUUCCAUCAGAUCAAAUGAAUAUUUCAGUUCUCUAGAGCAGAGCCCAGAAGGGGGGAAGAGGCGGGGGCUGGGGAGAAGAGGAGCCAUUGGUAACACAAUUCCAUGUAAUACGAGGAAAAAAAAGGUCUGUUGGGCUGUAUGAAUUUCUGCUCCCGGCGAUACUUGUGUGGGCACGCACGCAUCUGUUGGUGGCGGGGCUUCUAGCAUUUCCUCCUGGUUCCUGCUGAUGAGCAAACCUGACAGUGCUCGAUCCCUGGAACACGAAAUGAAAACGGUUUCCAAUCCGGAGACAUCCUCCCGAUUGAACGGCACUUCGGUUCUGCGGAUUGGGAUGGUGGCGUUGUGGCAGUGUAGUGUGGGAUUCCCACGUUUUCAACAAGCGGAGGAGCAGAUGCCUCCAGCUGUGGCUACGCACUCAGUUUUGGCUCUCAACCAAAAUUCCUUACAUUGGGACAUACGCCACUAUUGGUUCCUUUUAUGUAAAGUCUGAGAAGAUUUUUUUUUUUAAGUUUCCCCAUAGGUGUGGAAAUCUUACCUUAUUACUUAUUUACAGAUUCUAAACACACAAGUUUAAAUCCCAUGGUAGAAAAAUGCAUAGACUUAAGCCCAGUAUAAGAGACAUAAAAUGAUUACUAUGUAGAGUUGUAAGUAUAUGCACAGCACAGGGGUUAUAUUUUUAUAUAUAUUAAAAUAUUGUCUAUCCAGAGAGCAUUGUGAUGUGGAAAUUCUUUAUAAAUUUAUACAUAAAAGGAUCAAAUGGAAGAUGGAGUGGGAAACACAGAGGGGGCAGGGGAAAGAUUCUUAAAAUUAACAAAUAGGAAGUAACCCCAAGCUAAGGAUUGCCUGAUUUCUUUCCAAGUAGAGGGAAAAAAGUUGCCAUUCUUGCCUUUGCAGACUCCAACUCCAAACACCAUGCCGGUAAUUCAAGCAGGAGGUCCUCAUCAGGGUGUGGGUGAGAUCCUACAGUCAAUAUCUGGUUGAAUUUCAUACCAAAUACGUUCACCUUUUUAUACUGAGGGAGGUCUGCCUACAGCUUUGGGGAAAUCAAUGCAGAUGUUAGCUAAUCAUCUUAUUUUAUUAAUAAUCGUUUAUAAAAUAAAAUUUAAAAAAAUGAAAUUUGUAUCUUGCAGUAGUUAAAGAAAAAAAGUGCUCAAGUCAGCUGAGUCAAGGUCUACGGUGACUCAAGUCUCUCAUUUUGACAGUGAGGUUCCAGCCUUUGUUAUGCAGUUGUUUUAUUUAUUCUUUAGAAAAAUAAUAAGCACAAACAAAAAUUAUAUACUAGUAUGUCAUUUAAAGUAUUUAUGUCAAACAGGGUGCAAGUGUGAACCUAACGAUUGGAGCACAAGUUUCUAACUGCCUGGGGCAGGACUAAUUUUAGUGUUGGUGUGUGUCUGCCUCCAAAGGAGGUGCUACCUGUCAGCAAGACCUAAACACAUUCAACAUUUCCAAUUUAGCUUAUUUCUUCAUUUCUCACACUGGAACAAAACUGGCUAUUUCUGUGAAUAAUAUUAAAAACAGGGUUAUCUGUAAUGGUAUUGUAUAUAGUUUAUGUUUACUGUUAAGUUCUUGUUAUAUUAUAAUAAAUAUAUUUAUAGAUCUA